GCAGAAGACUUCUCAAUCAUGUCCAGAGUGCGUGAAAAUCCAUCGACAUAUCCAUCCUCAUUAUCCAGGACUCGCCAUCCAUCCAUUUGUGCCUAGCCUUCUUGUCGGCAAUUAUCCAGUCUCAAUCAAUGGGUUCACAUCGGACGCAUCAUUGUCGGUGGCGUGGAUCAAUGGAUCAUGAUUGGCAUCACGAUCAUCGCCAGUGGCGACAGGACACAGCACAUUCUUAAGAGGACUGAAUCCUCGCCCAACUGAAUAUUCCAAUUCACUACAGCUGCCUGGUUCUCUGCAACAACGCUCUUCGCGGAUUCUCAGCAAGACCUGUUACAUGCUGUUGAGCUGGAGGCACACAUCGAUCUGUGACAAACAGAUGUGCGGCCAUUGCGAACUGGAGGAAACAGGAUGCAGUACACUGUCACUAUCAUGUCGCCCUGGGCUGCCCGUGAGGCACUGAGAGAUAGUUUGAAGUCGCAAGGACUUCACGAGUACCAAUUGGUCGGCCGUCACCUUCCCACCGAGAAGGAGUCCACCCCUAAGCUUUUCCGCAUGCGCCUCUUUGCCACCAACGAGGUCAUUGCCAAGUCCCGCUUCUGGUACUUCAUGCGCAAGCUGAAGAAGGUCAAGAAGGUUAACGGCGAGAUCGUCGGCAUCAACGAGAUCCACGAGAAGAAGCCCCUCCAGACCAAGAACUUCGGUAUCUGGCUCCGCUACGACUCUCGCUCGGGCACCCACAACAUGUACAAGGAGUACCGUGAGUUGUCCCGUGUUGCCGCUGUCGAGGCCUGCUACUCUGACAUGGCUUCCCGCCACCGCGCUCGCUCUCGCUCCAUCCAGAUCAUCCGUGUCGCCGAGGUCGCCAACGCUGAUGUCCGUCGCCCCUACAUCAAGCAGAUCUUGGUUCCCGGCAUCAAGUUCCCCUUGCCUCACCGCGUCAUUCGCGCUGCCGACAAGUCCCACCGCGCUCUCUUCAUGGGUUCGCGCCCCUCGACCUUCUACUAA